GACAGGUGCUGGGACAGAUGCUCGGACAGUUGCCCAGACAGGUGCUGGGACAGGUGCUGGGCAUAGGCACGGUGUGCUGAGCUCCUGUGGUGGGCCCAGACAGGUGCUGGGACAGGUGCUGGGCGUAGGCACGGUGUGCUGAGCUCCUAUGGUGGGCCCGGACAGGUGCUGGGACAGAUGCUCGGACAGUUGCCCAGACAGGUGCUGGGACAGGUGCUGGGCGUAGGCACGGUGUGCUGAGCUCCUGUGGUGGGCCCGGACAGGUGCUGGGACAGGUGCUGGGCGUAGGCACAGCGUGCUGAGCUCCUGUGGUGGGCCCGGACAGGUGCUGGGACAGAUGCCCGGACAGUUGCCCAGACAGGUGCCGGGGACAGUUGCCUGGACAGGUGCUGGGACAGAUGCUCGGACAGUUGCCCAGACAGGUACUGGGACAGGUGCUGGGUGUAGGCACGGUGUGCUGAGCUCCUUUGGUGGGUCCAGACAGGUGCUGGGACAGGUGCUGGGCGUAGGCACGGCGUGCACUGAGGGCUCUUGACUGCUGCAGGAGAGCUGGAAGAGGAGGGCGGCGGCCUGGUUCCCAUACUGGAUUCCAGCUGUGGGCGACGAGGCCUCCAUCCUGCUGUGGAAGCUGCCUGGUUAUGGGUAGGCCCUGCCUGAGACCAGAUGGGUCCCGAGAGCACGGGGCUGCGGCGGGCCAAGGUUCCGCUCAAGACACUGACUGGGAUCCGCCCCCACACCCGAGCGAGUGUGUGGCGAGGACAGCAGUGCUGGCUGUGGUGGAGCUGACUGUGUCUGGAAGAGAUCUGAGCAAGUGCUCCCAGCCCCACCUGGACAGGCAGACCUCAGCAGGCAUCUCUGGUCACGGGUGCUGCAGCCUCCUGCCCAGCCCCGGGAUGAGGUAGUAGGCAGUGGCGGUCCCGGCACCGAGCCAGCCGGCCUUGCUGCAGGAGCUUGCUCGGGCUUGACUGUUUCAGCUUGAGGAGAGUCUUUACGGGCCAGCCCUUCCUCUUGGCCCAGUUGGGGGCUGUGGGGGAGCCCCUCUCUGGCCGUCAGUGGGAUAGCUGGCCCCAGGGCCUCCCCCUUGCUCUGUGUCCGAGGACAGGUGCUCCCAUCUCUGGCAGCUGCUGCAGUGGCUCAGUCGCCCCCGCAGUGGGGUUAGCCCGUAUUGUGGGCGGCCGGCAGAGCCUGGGACUGGGGUGACACAGAGCACUGCUGUCGUGGGCUGUGGGCUGCUUGUCUCUGUCUUUGACAUGAAGAAGGCCUCCUGCCCUCCUCACAGGGAUCGGGUGAGUUUCCUGGUGCUGCCAAGGCUGGGGGUGCUGAGUGAGCUGGUGGCUGUGCUGGGCACUGGGUAAUGAACGGGAUGAUGGAGGAGGUGGCGAAGUCAGAGGCACAACCCGUGGUCCUCUCCUCUGCAAAAGGCCUGGGCCGCAGGAGGGCUCGUUGCAGCCUGCCGGGCAGUGAGUGGCUGAUGGACAGUGACAGCGACGGGGGUGACCUCGCUGGUGUGGGAGAAGAGGAGGUGCUCCCGGGGGAGGUGGUGGGAUGGCUUCAUAUUUUCUUCUACCUCCUGCUGUCCCAGCCUAUGUCCAAGGCCUCUGGCCCCUGCUGUGUGUCCCGGAUGUGCCGCAGGCACACGCUCUGCUUCGGGAUGGAGGGUGAGUCAGGCCCCCAGGACCCCAUGUUGGCAUGCCUGCUAGCCUGCCAGGGCCCUCCUGGGACGUGCCUGCAGCCCCAAGUGGCCUCUCCACCACUGCCUGUGCUUUACUCCUCUCCACGCUCAUCAAGGACGAGCCUUUAUUUCCUGUGAACAGGAGUCCCUUUGCCCUUGCCUUGGCAGGAGAUGUGGGCCUGGAUUGUUACCCUGCAGAAGACUGCGCGGCCCGGCCUCGGGGGCGGGUGCAGAGAGGCUGGGGAGGGGGCACUUGAGGGCACUCUCAGUGUUCUUGUCCUCGGUCAGUCCCCACUGUGCCACUUGAACUCCCUCCCCCGUGUCGGGCUCUGCACCUGAGAGGGUGGAGCCGCGUGUGGACGAUGGGAGGCGUUGGAGGGGGGAGGGAGGGGUCUAGGGGAGUGUGAGAGUGUUUUGUGAGACCUCCUUCUCUGACCCAGGUGGGCUCUGAGGGGCGUGUCUCUAAUAGCAUACCUCAUCUUUGACUUUGAAACAGGGUCCCUAAAGUGUAUUAAGAAAAAAAGCCAGCAGAAGCCAGCACACACUGCCCCUUCUCUACACCAGCCCCAUGCCGGGUUGUGGCUUCUCCUCUGGGCCUGGGGAGGUGUCUAGGCACGUGGCGUCGUCUGUGGGUUGUGAAGUCCGGCAGCCUGCAGGCCCUGCCUGCGUGUGGGCUGGGUCGUGCAGCCCUGCGGUCUGAGGCAAAGGGGUAGAGAGGUCCUUGCAGAUCCUGACAGUCGUGGGAAGGCUGAGGUCAAGAGGGGACGGCUCCCUUGGAACUGAGCUCGAACAAACCUGCCCGGCCCUGUCUUUCCCAGCUCUGGGGUCUUUGCCACCCAGGUCGAUCCGCGUGACCUCCAGGAGCUGUUCCAGGAGAUGUCGGCCAACGUCUUCCGAAUCAACUCCAGUGUGACCUCCUUGGAGCGGAGCCUUCAGUCCUUAGGGACACCGAGUGACACGCAGGAGCUUCGGGACAGCCUGCACACAGCACAGCAGGAGACCAACAAGACCAUCGCAGCCAGCGCCGCCACCGUGAAGCAGAUGGCCGAGCUGCUGCGCAGCUCCUGCCCGCAGGAGCGUCCUCAGCUGGACCGGCUGAACACCCAGCUCUCGGAUGCCAUUCAGCGCUAUGGAGUGGUGCAGAAGAAAAUUGCAGAAAAGUCCAGAGCGCUGCUUCCCAUGGCACAGAGGGGCAGUAAACAGCAGAGUCCCCAGGCCCCGUUUGCUGAGCUGGCUGAUGAUGAGAAGAUCUUUAAUGGGAGUGACAACAUGUGGCAGGGCCAGGAGCAAGCGCUGCUCCCGGACAUCACUGAGGAGGACCUGGAGGCCAUCCGACUGCGAGAGGAGGCCAUCCUGCAGAUGGAGGGCAACUUGCUGGAUGUGAAUCAGAUCAUCAAGGACUUGGCCUCCAUGGUGUCAGAGCAAGGAGAAGCUGUCGGGUCCAGCAGCAGCAAAGCUAUGUGCCGGCAGAGCUGCAGCCCCGAGCCGGCCACGGUGGCCCUGCUGCCAGGUGCCGGGCCGGGCUCCACGCCCCUGCGGCCAGGCCCCCACUCCCGCACCAAGACACGCAAGCCCAACUUCAGCCCCCAAGAGACGGAGGUGCUGGUGCAGAGGGUGAGGCGCCACUACCCGCUGCUGUUUGGGGCACUGCGGGGCACACCUGCCCGAAAGCACCGCGUGUGGAGCCGCAUCCUGCAGGCAGUGAACGCGCUGGGCUACUGCCGUCGUGACCUGGGUGACCUCAAGCACAAGUGGCGGGACCUGCGAGGCGCUGUGCGCAAGAAGCUGGCAGAGGGGGGCCCCGCCCCCGGCCUCAUCCUCACGCCGGUGGAGCACAUGGUGGCCGAGACGUUUUCUGCCCACGGUCCCCAGGGCGAGGGCCAAGCCGCAGAGCCCCUGCCAAAUAGUAUUGAAGCCAGCCUUGAGGCUGCGUCCUCGCAUGCGGAGGCAGCCCGCCAGCUCCUGGCUGGAGCCAGCCGGCACCAACCGAUGAGGAGGACGAGACCCCCAGCUGCUUGUGGCUGCCCCUGCGGACCCUGGAAGGGCCCAGCCCGCCUGAACCUGACCCCCUGGACUUACGAGGAGUCUUCCAUGCACCCACCUCCUCACCCUCCCCACCUGCUUCCCCAGCCUCCACCCCACCAGCAACCACACUCAUGGGGUCCUUCCAGCCUUCCCCGCCCUCUUCAGCGCCAGCACCUCCCUUGCCUUCCAGGAGGACCCCAGUGGCAGCAUCUGAAACGUCCGUGUUUGAGCAGCAACUGCUGGACUCCCACCGGCGGCAGGGUGCCCUGCUCUCCUCCUGGGCCCAGCAGCAGAGCACACUCAUGGCCCAGCAGAACCUGCUGCUGCAGCAGCUGGCUGAGCAGAGCCAGCGUCUGGCCGAUGGUGUGGAGGCCCUCAACCGGACCCUCGAGAGGCUGGUGGAAGCACGCCCCGCCAGGGAAGCCUCACCCUCACUCCGGGACGCUGGUCCUGCCGGUGGAGUGGCCCAGGGGCCUGCUGGAGGCUCCCAGGACAGCCCCCAGGGUGCCCACUCGGGGCUCGAGGUCUUCUCAGGGAUGAUCUUGAAGGUGGAGGAGGAGAUAUAGGGCUAGUCUGGGGUGCUAGCAGAGCCAGAGGGCAGGAGCAGGGCCUCCGGUCUUUCCCCUGCUGAGUCCAGGCAGGGGAGAGGUGCAGUGACUGGGUCUCCAGGGCGCCGGGACAGCUCGAGUCCAGGAGACCGGAAAGAUGAGAGGACGUGGGCUGUGUACCUGUGGUGCUGCGUCCUUGCCAUUGCCUGUGGAGUGUGGUGACCUGCAGGGAAAGUCUGCAGAGAGCCGACCUGUGGGGCCUAGUGGACCAGGUCUACUCAGGGAUGAUGCUGUUGGAGGCUCCAACCCCGUGUGGCAGUGGCUGUGAAGUCUGCAGCCAGCGCCCCAGCAGGCAGCUGGAGGCAGGGGAGGUGGGGAAGAUGCACUUCCGGGCCCCCUGCUCACUGGAGCUCUGGAAAGGGUGGCUUGGCCAGGCCCUAAAAAGGUCCCGACUGUGAUCUGGCGUGACUCCUGAAAGCCCCUGUCCCCUUCAUGGGCGUGUACCCUCGGAGGCCAGGGCUCCUGUGUCCUACCUGAUUCUGGCCCAGGGGAACCGCAUCCCAUGAGCCUGGAAUAAUUUCUCUCCGAUUUUCUAUGUUAUUAUAAAUACAUAAAGCUAUAUAUAUAUCUAUGCCCAUA